CAAAUUUCCAAGUGGUGGAAAGAGCUGGGAUUGGCUGAGGAAUUGAAGUUUGCCAGAGACCAACCAGUUAAAUGGUACAUAUGGUCCAUGGCAUGCCUAACAGAUCCAAACUUGUCAGAGGAGAGGGUUGAGCUCACAAAACCCAUAUCAUUCAUCUAUUUGAUUGAUGACAUUUUUGAUGUUUACGGGACGCUUGACGAGCUCAUUCUCUUCACAGAGGCUGUCAAAAGAUGGGAAAUUGGUGAUAUAGAGCACCUACCAGACUACAUGAAAAUAUGCUUCAAGGCUCUUCACGAUAUGACGAAUGAAAUCAGCAGCAAGGUCUAUCAGAAGCACGGCUGGAACCCGUUACACUCUCUAAGAAAAACGUGGGGGAGUCUGUGCACUGCAUUUUUAGUAGAAGCAAAAUGGUUUAAGUCUGGGCAUUUGCCCAAAGCAGAAGACUACUUAAAGAAUGGGAUUGUUUCUUCUGGGGUGAAUGUGGUGAUGGUCCACAUUUUCUUUCUCUUGGGUCAAGGCAUAACCAAAGAAAGU